AGUCGCUCACGUGUAAUGUGCUCGUGAAUGGGGAGGGGCGAAAGCAGGCGUUUUCUACAUCUGUUUCCAUCGUUCAAGAUCAGCAGGAAAAGCCGUUGCAGCAAUGGCGGAGGCUCAUCAGGCGGUAGCGUUCCAGUUCACCAUCACACCAGAGGGCAUUGACCUGCAGCUGUCCUAUCAGGCCCUCAACCAGAUCUACCUGUCCGGAGUCCGAUCCUGGAAGAAGCGAGUCAGCCGAAUGAAGAACAGUGUCAUAAAGGGAGUGUAUCCUGCUAGCCCGUCCUCGUGGCUCUUUGUUGCCGUAGGGAUCCUGGCUACCAUGUAUAUGCAGUCGGAUCCCAGCAUGGGGCUCAUCGCAAAGAUCCAGCAGCAUCUUCCAUUAAGUCUCCAUGUUUCCCUCAGCAGUCAGGGUCAAACCAUGGUGUCAGCUCUGGUGUUCAGCACUCUGCUGUGGCUCUCCCUCAUCCUGGCGCUCCGCUUCUGCCUGAAGCUGCUGCUCUCCUACCACCACUGGAUGUUCGAGCAGCAUGGGAGAGUUUCCAACACCACCAAAGUCUGGGUGAGUCUGAUGAGGUUAUUUUCAAGAAAGAAGCCUUUGCUGUACAGCUACCAGACCUCACUUCCUCACCUUCCUGUUCCAGCCAUACAAGACACACUGAGCAGGUAUCUAGAGUCAGUGCGCCCUCUGCUGACGGAUUCAGAGUUUGAGCGGAUGACAAAGUUGGCCGAUGAGUUUGAGUCGACCCUGGGACACCGGCUGCAGCGCUACCUCAAACUCAAAGCUCUGUGGGCCACCAACUAUGUAAGUGACUGGUGGGAGGAAUAUGUCUACUUGAGAAGCCGAGGGCCAAUAAUGGUCAACAGUAACUAUUAUGGCAUGGACUUCCUCUACGUGACGCCAACAUCAGUGCAGGCAGCUCGAGCAGGAAACACUAUUACUGCUCUCAUGCUCUACAGACGCAAAGUAAACAGGGAGGAGCUCACACCGAGUCGCGUUCCAGGUACUGUGAUUCCUCUGUGUGCAGCACAAUGUGAGAGGAUGUUCAACACCACUCGAACACCAGGAGUUGAGACAGAUGUGCUCCAACACUGGCAGGACAGUGAGUUUGUGGCUGUAUACCACAGAGGACGCUAUUUCAGACUAUGGGUGUACCGGGCAGGUCGCCUGCUGUCUCCCAGAGAAAUCGAAUACCAGAUCCAGCGAAUCCUGGAUGACCCUUCACCACCAUUUCCCGGAGAGGAAAAACUGGGAGCUCUCACUGCUGGAGAAAGGGUCCCUUGGGCUCAGAUGCGGCAGCAGUUUUUCAGCUCUGGUCUGAAUAAAAAGUCCCUGGAUGCCAUUGAGAAGGCGGCGUUCUUCAUAACGCUGGAUGAUGAAGAGCAGGGUAUGAAGGGAGACGACCCUGCCGGAAACCUGGAUCGCUACGCCAAGUCUUUACUUCAUGGCAAAUGUUACGACAGGUGGUUUGAUAAAUCUUUCUCCAUUGUGAUCUACAAAAAUGGGAAGAACGGCCUGAAUGCAGAGCACUCCUGGGCCGAUGCACCAACAGUGGCUCAUCUUUGGGAGUACACCCUCGCGACAGACGCCUUCCAGCUGGGCUACACUGAGGACGGACACUGUAAAGGAGAAGUGGAUCUCUCGCUGCCUCGGCCUCAGAGGCUUGUGUGGGAAAUCUCUCCAGAGGUAACAGCACUCCUUCCUGCAGGACGCGUUUGA